CGUGUGAUUGGUCCAACUCAUCAGUCUAACUGCUCAACAAUGUCUUCUGCUGUGACAAUGGUUAGCUUUUCGUUAAUAGCCUUUGCUGCAAUUUUUCAUCAUGUUUAUGGUGAAAUAGUCGUUGGAUCUGUAGCGUUAAACUCAGGAGUAUUUGAUAAGAUAAUACAAAAACACAAGGCUGUAUUAGUCAAAUUUGAUGAAACAUAUCCUUAUGGGAAGAAACAAGAUGUUUUCAAAGAAGUGGCCAAAUCAAGUACACAGCAGCCAGAGUUAUUGAUAGCUGAAGUUCAAGUUGCAGAUUAUGGAGACAAAGACAACAGUGAUCUGGCAGAAAAGUAUGGUGUUAAAAAGGAGAACUUCCCAGCGUAUAGACUGUUUCUUAAUGGCAAAUUAGAUGAUCCUAUCAAAUAUACAGCUAGUGUGGAAAAUGCUGAUGAUAUCAAGAACUUUGUCAUUAGGGAAACUGGUCUUUGGUUGGGUAGACCUGGAUGUUUAGAGGAAUUUGAUAAAAUUGUCAAUGAGUUUUUCACUGCACCAAAAGAUAAACAAGCAGCUAUUGUAGAGCAAGCAGAAAAGGCAGCAGAGAAAUUAACUGAUACAGCAGAGAAAACAUCAGCAGAUACUUAUAUCAAAACUAUGAAAAAGAUUUUAGAAAAGGGAACAGAUUUUGUCAAAACUGAAGUGUCGCGCAUUGAAAAAUUGCGUUCUGGAAAAGUCAGUGAUAAGAAGAAAGAACAGCUCAGUGAUAGACUUAAUAUUUUAACUACAUUCCAGUUAAAUGUCAAAGAUGAACUUUAAAACUUGUUUCAAGACUUAUCAUUAGACUGGUUGUUGAAUUCUUUGCAUCAGAACUUUACUUUUGUAAAAGCUUCUUAUUUUGUACUCAGUGUUUUAUGUUUUGUUUUUAAGAGCAUUAAUUUAUUAUUCCAUUACAUUUGUUGACCAAAUAUCUUCACAUCAUUUUUCAAGUUGACUGUGUUGUUGAUUGAAGAAGGUUAUAUGCAUUAUCAUUUACUGGAAUCAAAAAUCCAUUCAUCAACAUUUGAUGCUCAAGCCAAGGUUUUAUCUUAGCUACAAUUCUACUGCCGAAUACCUAAUUUUUCAUUCAUUCAAUAUGACUUGUAAGCUCAGCAUACCUAGGUAUUGAAAUAAAAUGUGUUAGAUUGUAUAUUUUUUAUUUUAUUCUUGCAGCAAAUGAGUUAUAAAAAAAAGUUUUUUUUCUGCAAUAAUUAACUUACAAUGAUUAUAUGUUGUUAUUUUAAAUAACUAUUCAGCCAUAAUUGGGAUUAUUAUGGGUUUAUAUUUUUCUGUUUGCCUUUUUAAAAUUAAUUAUUGAAAUUAUCUCAUAUGUGUUUAGAAUGAAUGCAUUUUUAUUCAUGCUAGAUUUUUUAUUUAAUUAGCAAUACCAGUAUUUAAAUGAAAAAAAAUUACUAGCUGGUUUUUAAAUUAAAAGUUAUAAAAAUUUUGGUCUCUGGAUUUUUUUUAUUUUACAUUGAUGGUGUACUAGUAUUAUGAAUUUUAUUUUCAUUUUAAAAAUUUUAUUGCUUCAAAGUAAAUUAUCACUUUGUGGAUUUUAUUUCACUGUAUUUAACUAAAUAUCAAAAUUUAACUGACUUUCUCCAUUUCUAAUAAAUAAAAUCGAAACUUUUUUUUCAAAUUGUAGAAACUUGUCUUUAAUCUCAUGAGAGACAUAGAGCUAUGUACACAAAUUAUAAAAAAUUACAAAAUAUUCUAUUUAUAAAAUUGUAUUUCUUCAUUAAAAAAAAAAUAAUAAGACUACAGAAAAUAAGACAAUUUGUGUUUUUAUUUUCGAACUUUUUUUAUGUGAAUAAAAAAAAAACAUUUUAAAUUAGCAUACUGGUAUGAACUUCUUAGGUAUUUCUAAUACAAUUGACAAUGCUUAGGAAAACAUGGUUAGUUUGUUUUGUUGAUAAGAGAAACAAUGGAGAUAUACUUUUCCAACUAUAGAUAUGAAUGUAUUUUCUGAGGAAAAAAAAUUACUUCAUACAUUGUAUUGACAUGGCAUUUUAUGACAGUAUUUCUGUGGUACUGGUUCAUUUUAAAAUAAAGUUCAUUUAUUAACUGUAUCUUA